GUGCCAAACUGACUGCAGCUUCCUGGACCCCCUAAAAAACGUGCAGUGCAGGAUUAUACUGAUCUGCAGUCAGAAAGAUACUUUGAAAGAAACAAACUUUGUUCAAUCUUUAACCACACGAAAUAGACCUGUGUGUGGACGUCUGAGAAAUGACGUUGGUUUUACUCGGAGGACGUUUCUUCAAAUGCAGAACUGUCAUGAAUAGAGCCAUAACAGCGAUCCAGCCGUACUGCUCUUCAGUGGCCUCAGGCAGGCAGCAUGUUAAUGGAGUGGAUCUGUACUACGAGCAGACAGGCAGAGGGAAACACGCUGUGCUGUUGAUUCCUGGCGCUCUGGGAAGCACUCGGACUGAUUUCGGACCUCAGCUGAAGUCUCUGAAUAAGGAACGCUUCACUGUAGUGGGCUGGGACCCCCGUGGUUAUGGACAAUCCCGCCCUCCAGACAGAGACUUCCCCCCUGAAUUCUUUGAGAGGGAUGCAAAGGAUGCAGUCGAUCUGAUGAAGGCAUUAGGCUUUAGCAAGUUCUCUCUGCUUGGGUGGAGUGACGGAGGAAUCACAGCUCUGAUUGCAGCAGCGAAGAACCCCGAUCUGAUCGGCAAGAUGGUUGUAUGGGGAUCCAAUGCCUUUAUUUCCCAGCACGACCUUGAGCUUUACGAUGCGGUGCGUGAUGUCUCCAAGUGGAGUGCGAGGAUGAGGCAGCCCAUGGAGGAGGUGUAUGGAGCAGAAGUCUUUGCUAAAACCUGGGAGGCCUGGGUGGAUGGGGUCGCACAUUUUGCAAAAAGACCAGAAGGGAGUAUCUGCAUGGAGCUUCUGCCCCACAUCAGCUGUCCAACCCUCAUCAUUCAUGGAGAGAAAGACCCCAUGGUGCCCAGCUUCCACCCACAGUGUCUCCUCGAACACAUCAAGGGAUCGCGAUUACACCUGAUGCCAGAGGGCAAACACAAUCUCCACCUGAGAUAUGCUGCUGAAUUCAACAAACUGGUGGAAGACUUUCUGGAUGAUUGAAGCAUCAAUUAACACGGUGAAAUAACGACUGAUCAUUUUGUGAAGAAAAAAACAAAACAGACUGACUAAUAGUCUAGUUUAUUGCAAAUAUUUCCACUAAGAAAUUCAAUUAUUUAACCUUGUUUAUCAAUUACUGUAUAUUGUACUUUCUUUAUCUCAAUGUUAUUUUGUUCUAUAAUUAAAUAUUUUCUGAAGUAA